GAGCCAAAUCCUAUCAAGCAGUCUAGGAGCCUGAUAGGGCUCGACCCGACCGCGCUCGAUACACCCCGCCCUGUACAUGACAAGCGCUGCAUAAAUAUUCCACAUUCGACGCCGGCGUGUCGAUAUACUUUCUGUCGAGUUCCGAAAUCUCCUGUAAGUUGAGAACUUUCCGGUAUAAACGAUAAACACAUCGGAGUAAUACAAUAUCACAAUACUACAUAGUAUCUGCACAGAAUGUUCUACUUGAGUGAAAUCGACCACACUAUGCGAGUACCACCCAGUCUCCUCAACCUCCCUCUCAAUGAAGCCAUUCAAGGAGAGCUUGAGCGUCUCUUCUUAGACAAAGUUAUUGCUAAUUUGGGUCUUGUUGUAUCUGUUUACGAUAUCAAGUCUAUUGAUGGCGGGUUUGUGUUCCCAAGUGACGGAGCAUCCACCUACACGGUGAAGUUUAGAUUGGUGGUUUUCCGACCGUUUGUUGGGGAGGUUAUUUCGGCUAAGCUAUCGGAGUCCACUAUUAAUGGUUUACGGCUAUCACUUGGAUUUUUUGAUGACAUAUAUGUUCCUGUCCAUUUAAUGCCAAAUCCUUGCCAUUUUGAGGCAGACGCAGUUAACAAGAAUCAAGUUGCCUGGAUAUGGGAAUAUCAAGAAGAAAACUAUCCCAUAGAGGCAGUAGAUGAGAUUAGGUUCAGAGUGAACAAUAUAAGCUAUCCUCCUAUACCAAUUGAAGCAGAUAAAGAGUCCCAUCGCUUUGCACCCAUGGUGAUUACUGGUUCACUUGAUGCUGAUGGAUUAGGUCCAGUCUCAUGGUGGGUAUAGACUUGCAAUAGUAGUGUUUUGCUGGGAUGGAGCUAUAUGUUACAGAUUAAUUAGAAGAGCUUCAUACUUUUUAAUAUAUUUUUAGUUUGUGCUUAUGAAAUAGAAUUUCAAGUUCGAAUACAGUAUUUCUAUUUGUUGACACAAACAUAGGUAUUAGUUGUCAGAGCUGACACCGUUUAACCAAUUAGCCAUGACAUGUAGAUUCUGAUCCUAAACUGUAAGAGGAGGUAGAUUCUGAUCCUAAACUGUAAGAGGAGGUUUCAAUUUCUAUCAUAGAUGAAUUUAAGA